AGCUCCUCCAGGUUCCUUUCUCGACUUCUACAAUGCACAGCAGUACCGUGGAAGGGUAAACCAAACAAACCCUUUCUUCCCCAAGUUGCUUCAGUCGUGGAGUCUCGUCCCAGCAAUCGUAAUCUAAGAAAGACAUAUGAGGAGCUGAGCAGCCAGCAAAAGUGGGAUGAAGUUCACUGAUGGCAAAGCACCUUUAAUCUCCCAGGCAGAAGGGCCUUGGCUGGUCAUCCUUACUGGCCUGUCCCGGAAAGGAGAACGGGCCUCGGAGCAGUAAGGCAACAGAAUGCCCCCUGGGGUGGACUGCCCCAUGGAGUUCUGGACCAAAGAGGAGAGUCAGAACGUGGCUGUUGACUUCCUGCUGCCCACAGGGGUCUACCUGAACUUUGCGGUGCCCCGAAAUGCCAACCUCAGCUCCAUCAAACAGGUGCUGUGGCGAAAUGCGCAGUAUGAGCCGUUCUUCCACAUGCUCAGUGACCCUGAGGCUUAUGUGUUCACCUGCGUGAACCAGACAGCCGAGCAGCAGGAGCUGGAGGAUGAGCAGCGCAGGCUGUGUGACAUCCAGCCCUUCCUGCCCGUGUUGCGCCUGGUGGCGCGAGAGGGUGACCGUGUGAAGAAGCUCAUUAACUCCCAGAUUAGCCUCCUCAUCGGCAAAGGUCUCCAUGAGUUUGAUUCCCUGCGGGACCCGGAAGUGAACGACUUCCGCACUAAGAUGCGCCAGUUCUGCGAAGAGGUCGCUGCUCGCCGCCAACAGCUGGGCUGGGAGGACUGGCUGCAGUAUAGCUUCCCCCUGCAGCUGGAGCCCUCGGCAAGGAGUUGGCGGGCUGGCAUCCUCCGCAUCACCAGCAGAGCCCUGCUGGUCAAUGUGAAGUUUGAGGGCAGUGAGGAGAGCUUCACCUUCCAGGUGUCCACCAAGGACAUGCCCCUGGCACUAAUGGCCUGUGCCCUCCGGAAGAAGGCCACAGUGUUCCGGCAGCUUCUGCUGGAGCAGCCUGAAGACUAUACCCUUCAGGUGAAUGGGAGGCAUGAAUACCUCUAUGGCAGCUACCCGCUCUGCCAGUUUCAGUACAUCUGCAGCUGCCUGCACAGCGGACUGACUCCCCACCUGACCAUGGUCCACAAAUCCUCCAUUCUCGCCAUGCGGGAUGAGCAGAGCAACCCUGCCCCCCAAGUCCAGAAACCACGCACCAAACCUCCCCCAAUCCCUGCUAAGAAGCCCUCCUCUGUGUCCUUGUGGUCCCUGGAGCAGCCUUUCUGCAUUGAGUUGAUUGAGGGCAGCAAAGUGAAUGCGGAUGAGCGGAUGAAGCUGGUUGUACAGGCCGGGCUCUUCCAUGGCAACGAAAUGCUCUGCAAGACGGUGUCCAGCUCAGAGGUGAAUGUGUGCUCAGAGCCCGUGUGGAAGCAGCGGCUGGAGUUUGACAUCAACAUCUGUGACCUGCCGCGCAUGGCUCGGCUCUGCUUCGCACUCUAUGCCGUCGUGGAGAAGGCGAAAAAGGCGCGCUCUACAAAGAAGAAGUCCAAGAAGGCGGACUGCCCCAUCGCCUGGGCCAACCUCAUGCUAUUCGACUACAAAGACCAGCUCAAGACUGGGGAACGCCGUCUCUACAUGUGGCCCUCUGUCCCAGAUGAGAAAGGAGAGCUGUUGAACCCGGCGGGUACAGUGCGUAGUAACCCCAACACGGAGAGCGCUGCGGCCCUGGUCAUCUGCCUGCCUGAGGUGGCCCCCCAUCCUGUGUACUUCCCUGCUCUAGAGAAGAUCCUGGAGCUGGGGCGUCACGGCGAGCGUGGGCGCAUCACAGAGGAGGAGCAGCUGCAGCUGCGGGAGAUCCUGGAGCGGCGGGGGUCCGGGGAGCUGUAUGAACACGAGAAGGACCUGGUGUGGAAGAUGCGGCAUGAAGUCCAGGAGCACUUCCCGGAGGCCCUGGCCCGCCUGCUACUGGUCACCAAGUGGAAUAAGCAUGAGGAUGUGGCCCAGAUGGUCUAUUUGCUGUGCUCCUGGCCGGAGCUUCCUGUGCUGAGUGCCCUGGAACUGCUGGACUUCAGCUUCCCUGACUGCUACGUGGGCUCCUUCGCCAUCAAGUCCCUGAGGAAGCUGACGGAUGAUGAGCUUUUCCAGUACCUUCUGCAGCUUGUGCAGGUGCUGAAAUACGAGUCCUACCUGGACUGCGAGUUGACCAAAUUCUUGCUGGACCGAGCCCUGGCGAACCGCAAGAUCGGCCACUUCCUCUUCUGGCACCUCCGCUCUGAGAUGCACGUGCCGUCAGUGGCGCUGCGUUUUGGCCUCAUCAUGGAGGCCUACUGCAGAGGCAGUACCCACCACAUGAAGGUGCUAAUGAAGCAGGGGGAAGCACUGAGCAAGCUAAAGGCGCUGAAUGAUUUCGUGAAGGUGAGCUCGCAGAAGACCACCAAGCCCCAAACCAAGGAGAUGAUGCAUAUGUGCAUGCGCCAGGAGACCUACAUGGAGGCCCUGUCCCACCUGCAGUCUCCCCUCGAUCCCAGCACCUUGCUGGAGGAAGUCUGCAGUGUGGAGCAGUGCACCUUCAUGGACUCCAAGAUGAAGCCACUGUGGAUCAUGUACAGCAGCGAGGAGGCGGGCAGUGCUGGCACCGUGGGCAUCAUCUUUAAGAACGGGGAUGACCUCCGCCAGGACAUGCUGACUCUGCAGAUGAUCCAGCUCAUGGAUGUCCUGUGGAAGCAGGAAGGCCUCGACCUGAGGAUGACUCCCUAUGGCUGCCUCCCCACUGGAGACCGCACAGGCCUCAUUGAGGUGGUCCUCCACUCGGACACGAUUGCCAACAUCCAGCUGAACAAGAGCAACAUGGCAGCCACAGCUGCCUUCAACAAGGACGCCCUGCUUAACUGGCUCAAGUCCAAGAACCCCGGGGAGGCCCUGGAUCGAGCUAUCGAGGAAUUCACCCUCUCCUGUGCGGGCUACUGUGUGGCCACGUAUGUGCUGGGCAUUGGUGACCGACAUAGCGACAACAUCAUGAUCCGAGAGAGUGGACAGCUGUUCCACAUCGAUUUUGGACACUUUCUGGGGAACUUCAAGACCAAGUUUGGAAUCAACCGUGAGCGAGUUCCCUUCAUUCUCACCUAUGACUUUGUCCACGUGAUCCAACAGGGGAAAACUAAUAACAGUGAGAAAUUCGAAAGGUUCCGUGGCUACUGUGAACGCGCCUACACCAUCCUGCGGCGCCAUGGGCUGCUCUUCCUCCAUCUCUUCGCCCUCAUGCGUGCCGCAGGUCUGCCUGAGCUUAGCUGCUCCAAAGAUAUCCAGUAUCUCAAGGACUCUCUGGCACUAGGGAAGACAGAGGAAGAGGCGCUCAAGCACUUCCGGGUGAAGUUCAAUGAAGCCCUACGGGAGAGCUGGAAAACCAAAGUCAACUGGCUGGCGCACAAUGUGUCCAAGGAUAACAGGCAAUAAGGGGCCCUCCCCUGGCUGUCAGCCCCAGAGGUAAACUGUCCGACCUGGGGACUAAGCACGCUUAGUGGUCAUCAAAGAGGCCACGACACCUGAACCGUUCCUCAGGGGGAGGAACCACACAAUUGCCUCUUGUUUACACUCGUUAUUUAUUUAUGACUCAAAUGUUUAAGGAACAAAACAGCCAUAAAUGGAACUGUCUUUGUGUGGGGGGGGUGAUGUCCUCGUGGGACACCCCUCAUCCCACCCCCGUCAGCACUGUAAGCAACGCCUUGAGGAUCGCACCCCCAAGUCUUCCAACCUGUGGAUCUUGGCCCAGCAAAGAAUUCUUCUUAGGGCCUUCUUCAGGCUCCCCGUCAGGCUGCCUGGGGCAAGCCUGGCAGUGACCUGGUGCCUCCCAUCCAGACAGAUGACACCUCAGUCCUCAGCUCACCUCCACCACCUUUGUGUGGCCCACCUUUGGCGACCUCCACCAACCAAGCCUCUGGCAGCUCCCGAGGAAGUCAGGGCACCCUCUAGACUCAGGCACGUUUGCUCUGCCCUGCUGAAGUGACCUCUUGGAUAUGGGGACACCCUCACCUUUUAUUUUCGGGUAAGAAAAUGAUAGCCAAACUAUGUACAGAACUCUACAGCUGGGAGAAGGACCUGGCUCCCCACUAUGAAUAGCACGUGCCAGUCUUCAAAACACUCAAAACUGGCGAUUGGUUCAGGGCAGUGUGGUCACGAAUCUAGACAAAGGCAAGAACAGAGUUCACUGUGCAAAGAGUGUGAAAGAGUGUGAGCCACACCCAAAGGCAGCUUUAGAGACAGGCAGGAUCUCUCCCAGAGCUAUCCCCUUGAAAGGCAGCUGGAGAGCCAGGUUCUGAAGGGAGAACAAGAGUGAGGGCGAAAUUCAAACAGCCUGGGCUUUCAUCCUUGAAAAGGAACAGAUCAGAACGACUCUAGAGAUGCAGGUCUGAGCCUUCUCCUGGGCUUCCCAAAGCCACUCUAGCGAUGGAGCAAGGUACCUGGGCUUUUAGCUCAAUGAUCUGGGGACACAGCUCAGUGAUACAGCAUGCGCUCCAUGCAACGUCAUGAGCACAUCUCCAUGUAUUGGCUGCCACCUCAGGACCUGGAUCUCUCAGUAUCAUUCUGAGACCUGCAGACCCUUCGUAGCUGUGUCGCCAGCAGCCCAGAACAUGGCUCAAGGAGGCCAGGUGCCAGUGCCCCCUGUUGAUGAGCUGAGGGUCCAGCAGCAGUUUGUACCUCCACAAAGAACCUGCUUAGCCCACAGUAGCUGCUGAAACCCUCAGUCUGCCCCCCACCAAUGCUGAGACAGGAAAUGUGCUCGUGUGUGUGUGUGUGUGUGAGAGAGAGAGAGUGUGCGUGCGUGCCCGCCAAGUUAUUUAUUGAAACGAGUCUGGGUGCUCCCUGGUGUGGUGCAGACUGCACAUGCUCAGCCUUUGAGUUGGUGUGUGGUCUGUGCACCUGGCUGUAAGAAUAUUUUCUAUUUUUUUUAAGUCAUUUCAUGUUUGUGUGUGGGAAGUGGACUUCCUUCCACUGAUGUGGGC